AGUCCGUAGAUUUUUUUUUUGUCGAUGUAUCUGAUCUAAGUGUAAGAAUUAAUUGAGAAAAAGAAGAAAAAAUGAAAUAUAGUUUUCCUACACUUUACUAAUAAUGCUUUAGAAAAUAGAAUUUACAUCAUUUUUAAAUUUCUUUUACUGCAUUUUAAAAACUAAAUUAAUAUUUUUAUGGUUUUAAGUAAAAAGUAAAUCUAAAUACACUUGAGACAUUCCAACCAAUCACUCUCAUUAACUUUCAUUAUCAUCAAAAUUUAUCGAAAGAGAUAAACAUUAUACUUUAAUCUAUUUAAUUUUACCUUAUAUAUUAUACAAAAUAUUGUCUUCAAAACAAAAUUGCUAUGAAAUAUUUUGCAGAAAUGUUUUUACAAUAUAAGCAUUUUAAAAUUUUUAUUUGAAAUUAAUGCAUAUUAUAAAUUAAGAAUCUUACUACACAAUAUGCUUAUUUAAAUUGCUUAAAAUGCCAGAAAAAAUACUUAGGUUACUAGAUAAAGAAAUGAAAAAGGUAGUUGUUAAAAAAAGAAAUGAAAAUGGUCAAAAUUCGUUCCAAAUUUGAAAGGGGAUAAGAUAAUAAUAUGGAAAACUGAUUUUGAUUAAUAAAACGUUUAAAAACCAAAAAAAGGAAAUAAAUAGUUAAAUACUAGCGAAACUUGUUAUCCAAUGAGAUAAAAAAAAACAGAAUGGAAAUGGAAAACAAACAACAAUACGGAAACUCAAAUUACAAUAGAGGUGCAACUAAAUUACCAAUACCAAAUCUGUCAGACUGUGAGAAGCAAUUGUUUGAGAAAAUCUUUUUGUAGCUUUUUAAGCAUGGAUUCCACAAGAAGAGAGAUGAUUCACGGUGAUGAACAUGCGUCAGAAAUAAACCAUCGCAAUGGGUGAGUUUCAGGUUCUACUCUCUUCUACACUCUAAAAAAUCUGGUUUUUGUCGGAGUUUCGUUGUAUGGAUUGAUCAAGGAAAUUUUUUCAAUAACUCUUAGAAGAUAUAUCAUUCACAUCAAAACUGCACAAAUCAUGUAUAAGUAAGAGUGGUUCUACACUUCACUUAAAGAAAUGUGGGAAUAAACGAUUGUUUACACUGAUAACGAAAUGACUAAGAUAAUUCACAUAUAUUUUAGUUGACGUUAGUACAUUGUAGCUUCUAAGCAAUGUAUACUAUUUGAACUUUUAAACUAUUUAAAAUACCAAAGACAAAUACCAUGACUUUUAAUUUUUAAACUAUUUAAAAUGAAAAGAUUAUUUUAAUAGUUAUUAAUUAUUCAAAAUUAUAAAAUUAUAAACAUAAUAUAUGAUUUUCAUACGAUGUUUAUAUCCGCCAAAUCGUGGACAACCACGUAGUAUAAUUAUAAUUUACUUGUUGUAAUUUAAUUUUCAUUUUACAAAAGCAAAAAAAAUCAAUAGCUUCCUAACCAUUACAUAUUCACAUGUAUGUAUCGACUAUUUUUUUCUUACAAUAAUAAUUUUAUUUGUUCAAUAAUCUUAUAUUUACGAGAUUGGAUUAAUCUAGUCCACAUAGACAUUAAAAUUCAGCAAAUCAAAAUACAUCAUCAGCUAUCACAACAAAUAAAUAUCUCCAAAGCAGGCUUUUAGUUUCAACGUGGCCACUUUGUUAUUACCAUUCAUUAGCCCAUCAUUUGGCCCACCUUUCAUCCGAAACCUGUUACGUGUCAUGAUCUAUAUAGCCUUUGUCUUCUUCAAACUCAUCUGGGAAAUUCAAUCGUUUCUACAGCUUCCGGUUCUCCUCUUCAACGUAUAUGUUCCUGUAUUUAUUGCAAAAAUCCUAACAGUUUCGGAAACCAAAUUAUCAUCUCGCAACACCUCUGAUCAUCUCAAGGUAUAAACCUUUUACUCUAGCCUCUCUCCCUCUCUCUAUCUUAUUAUAGCUUGAUCCCAUGCGCGAGCGAGCAUCACUGAGAGGAGGAGCGCGUAGAAGAUUGUAGAGAUGGACAAAUCAGUGAAACGAAAAGACCAUAUUGACAAGAUUUUGAAAGAAGACUCUUUAUCUCCAAAUCAAAAAGGGAAAAAUCUCUCUCUUUCCAAGCUGAAUGCUAUAUCUUAUGUGGAAGGGGAAAAAUAAAUACUAUGGAACUAAAGUAACUAUAAAUGUGUGGGAGCCAAAAAUACAGCAGCAGUACGAGUUCACCUUCUCGCAGAUAUGUCUUCUCAGUGACUUAUUCAGAAAGUAUCUUAACAGCAUAGAAGCUGGUUGGCAGAUUAGCCGGAUUUAUAUGGUGACAAACUGACAACAAUACAAAGGCUCUUUACUUACUGGACUGUAGGUUCUUUAGAAAAAAAAAUUAUGUUAACGUUUUUAAAAAUUUGAAGCUUCUUGAAAUAAAUAUAGUAUUAUUUGUAUAAACUUUAUAUUUUUACUAUGUCAAAUUGAAAUAGAAAUAAUAAGAAUAUUUCUAUUAUUACAUUUUUUAAUUAUUUUUGUUAAUAUUGUAUUAUUUAACGAUAGAGAAUAAUGAAAAUUGUUGUCAUUUUAAUUCAAAUCAAAAAUAUUUAUUAACAAUAACAAUAUGAUCUCAGAAUUAUUUCCAUUAUUUUUUGUUUAUAAUAUUAUUUUCAAUACAUAAUAAUUUUAAAUGUUUCAUAAGUUAAUACAAAUUCAUUUAAAAUAAUUUUUAUAAUAAUUUUUCAUCCAUAGGACGGGCCGAUCCUAGUUGUGUAUAUUAACUAACACCAAGAAAACUCCAACUCUAUUGCUAAGAUCUGGAUAGGCCGGAACCGUGUCAUGACCUUGCCAGGUGGCAAAACUCAAAAGCAUGGGAAAUCAGACAAAAUUUCGGAGCAAAGUACUUCCUUGACAAAUUGGUCACAUAAGCUGAUUAGGAUAUGUUUUUUGGUCAGUGACGUAUGUAUGUGUAUCUAAAACCUAUUUAAAACUUUAUAAUAAAUGAGAUAUAAUAAUAACCAUGUAAAGUAAUUCGGUAGAAAAGCCUGCCAACUUUGUUUAUGUUUUAUUUAUAAAAUAAAAUGUCGAAUAUGAAUACAAACUUUAAUAUAAAUAAUAUUUAGUUCCAAUUUUGUAAAGUUUUAGAAUAAAAAAUAACAUCAAUGGAAAUUAAUCCCAAAAAAUUAAUAUAUAUUUAUGUUUAUGGAGAAUAUAUUUCUAUUACAACAUUUAGUUUACACCAAAAUAAAAAAUGGCUUAGAAAAAUAACUAAAUACAAAAAAAAAAAUUGUCAGUAUACAAGCAGCUAGAAAGGAAGUCAUAGAAAUGAGACUAUGAGUUCCUAACAAAAUAUGUUGUUAUGGUUAGAAGGCCAUACUCAGUCGAAACUUUACAUGAUUUUUAAAUAAUUAUUUCAAUAAUUUAUAUCAUUUUAAACAAAAUAAAUAACGUUAUCUCUUGGCUGCUCCAUAUGUAUUGAGACAAUAUUACAAACACAAAAACAAAUUAAUGAAUAUAAGAAAUCCAUUGAAUAUUAAAUCUAUAAUCAAAUUCAAUCAUAUUAGUUUACAACGACUAUAUCUACUUUAUAAUCUUAAAAUUAAAUUACGUUAAACGAUUUAAAUCUCAAACUCUAUAAAGUAAUUCAAAUCUCCAAAUUUUGAGACCUACUUUAUUACCCCACAAAACCUUCAAUCAUUUUUGUCAAGAUGGUCAAAUUGCUUACUUUUUUUUGGGAACUAUACAGAGUUAUCCUGGUCACCAGACCACAAGUCCUGGUUAAAUUGCUUACUUCGGAUUAUUCAUCAAAAAGAUUCCACCAAUCCCAUUUUAAGAGUUCAAUAGAUUAACAUCUAAACUAAAGAAAGAUUAGACUCAGAUAGGUAAUGGCAUGGCUCCAUGAGGAUUAUAACAUAUCUGAAAUCGGUAAUCUUGACCAAACCAUUUUUUAUGAACAUUAUUUCGAGGUAGGUUGAAUCUCUUGUAUUAUCUUAGUUUACUUGCAAAAACAUGCCAAGUCUAUUGCUCAUUUACUUUGAGCAGAUUAUGGAUUGUGAAGCUAGAGAUAUUCCAGUAGAUUGCGGAAUGCCUCACUUCCAACGGGGUUCAUCCUAUUUACUUUCCCAAACACAUGUCGAAGGUCCUUACAAUUCAAUAUAAUGAUGAAUAAAAACGAUAAUCAAAAUGUCAUGCUUUGCAUAAACUUGGAACAUUGUGUUUGCAAUCAUGCAGGCCAUCAGCAUGGACUAUGACAAGAAAAUGGACUAUCCAUCUAAUGGUGUUUCAAUACUCGGAUGCCUGAGGCCCGCUUUCCUUGACGAGGAAUCCUAUAUAAGAAGAUUGUUUCUCUCGGAAGAUAGAGAUUGUUGACAUGAAGAGAAUAAAGAGCAAGAGUGUUGAGAUGGAAGCAAAAGAAGAAGGAAAUAAUUAAAGAGGUUGAGUCUACUUACAGCAAUGAAGUGGGCACUCUAAGAAAGCUACAUUGAACACUUUGAAGAAAAAAGCAGAUUACCUACAGCACCAAAGUGGGAGCUUUGAUAAACCUGCAUUGGGAACUUUGGUGCUGUAGGGAUUUGCGAGCACUGUUCACUACAGCCCAAAAUUCAAAAUUCAAAAAAUAGCUGUUGGAAAUAUAGCUGUUGGAGCCUUAUCUCUUUAUAAUUUUCUCAUAUCUUUUGUAUUUAUGGUUUGGCUACAAAUACCAUUCUUUGUACACAUAAACAAAUUAAGGAAAAAUGUUCCUCAAAUAUUCUUGUCUCCCUCUCUUGGAUUCCUUCACAUAUCUCUCUUAAUUCUUCACCAAAAUCUCUCAAAAAAUUCUCAUAAACUCUCAUUAACUCUCAUAAACUUUCAUGGUAUCAGAGCCACAAGCUCUUGAAACCUAAAUCUCUUCCGCAAAUUGCUCUGGUUUUAUCUCUCCUCUGUUCUUGAUCUGUUCUUGAAUUUUUCCAGUUGUGUUCUUGUGAUUCUUGAUGGAUUCAGGAGAAAACUCAAGAAUGGUGGUGAUUCCAGUUAUUCUUAAAGGAGCUAACUAUCUACAUUAGGCAAGGCUUGCAAAGACAGCUCUUGGAGGCAGAGGGCUUUGUGAGACUGUUGAAGAAGGCAGGCCACAAAAGAAGACUAUCCUAGGAGAGGAUGGCAAAGAGGUUGUUGUUGUUGUUGUUGGCGCCAAGAAGAAAUGUCAAGAGGAUCAGUUGGUGUUGUCCAUUCUUCAGCACAGUCUUGACCCCUCACUUCAGGAAGGUUACUCCUAUUGUGAAACUUCCAAAGAGUUGUGGGAUACACUUCAGAAGGUAUAUGAAAACAAUUCCAACAUCAGUAGAUUCUUUGAAGUCAGGAGGGCUAUCAAUACUCUUAGUCAAGAGGACAAUGAUUUUGAUAAACAUUUUGGGAAGUUCAGAUCCUUGUGGGCUGAACUUGAGAUGCUCAGGCCAUCAACUAUUGAUCCUGAUGUGCUUAAUCAAAGGAGAGAGCAAGACAAGGUCUUUGCUUUGCUACUUACCCUCCAUCCAAGCUAUGGUGACCUCAUCAAGCACAUCCUAAGGAAUAAGGAGCUACCUUCUCUAGAUGAGGUAUGCUCUGAGAUUCACAAGGAGAAAGGCUCAGUUGAUCUCUUUGGAGGAGGAAAGAAAGAUCUGGUGCUUGCAAACCAGGCUGAUGGAGUAGCAAACAAAAGUUCUUACAAAGCUGAAGACAAGAAGGUGUGGAUUUGUGAUCAUUGCAAGAAGAAAGGCCAUGGAAAGUACAAGUGCUGGAUACUCCAUCCCCAUCUCAAGCCACAGAAGUUCAGGACAGAUUACAAUGAUGCCAAAGCAAACUUCUCUUGUGAUAUUGGUGAGCCAUCUGUACAAGGCAGCAUGCGCCAGACCAAUGAAGUUUGUGAGAACAAAGGAAGAGCUUCCAGCAGUGGCUCAACUUUAAGGAACACUCAAGAUGAGACCAUCAGGAGAUCUGAUAUUGAGGCUCUCAUCAAGCUCCUUAAGGAUAACUCUGGUAACUUACUUGGUACCUCUUUACAUGCUAUUGCUUGUGGAACUUCCUUGAAUGCUAUAACUAAAUUUAAUUUGACAAAACCUUUAGUUAUAGAUUCAGGAGCUAGUCACCACAUGAUCAGUGAUUUAAAAUUGAUUAAAAACAUUGUCCCUGCCUUAGGAAAUGUUACAAUAGCUAAUGGUGAAAGAGUACCAAUUAAAGGAGUAUGUAAUCUUAGGUUGUUUAACAAAGAUUCUAAAGCUUUCUAUAUGCCUAGCUUCACCUCAAACUUGUUAUCAGUUAAAAGAGCUACUAAUGACUUGAAUUGCAGUGUUACUUUCACUCCUAAUGAUGUCUAUUUUUAGGAUAUUGAAACUAGUAGGUUGCUUGGCAAAGGUGUCACCAAGGGAGACUUGUACUUGCUUGAAAAUACUAAGCUUGGUG